AUGGCCUCUUACACUGCUUACAGUGGCUACACCAAGCCACCUGUAUCCUACGGGGCCUCUUACUAUGAUGACCAGCAGGCCAGGACCUAUACCAAUUAUCAAGACUCGAUAUAUGAAGAAAAAAAGAGAAUUGAAAAGAAGAAACGUCAAAAUGCUAUGUGUUGUGAGGUAGUGGCACUCGUCAUUGGUUUUAUUGGAUUAAUUGGAGUGGCAACCGUGACAGGCCUGCCAAUGUGGAAGGUAACAGCCUUCAUCCAGGAGAAUAUCAUUGUCAUGGAGACCCGCUGGGAGGGUCUGUGGAUGAACUGCUACAGACAAGCCAACAUCAGGAUGCAAUGUAAGGUGUAUGACUCCCUGCUGUUUCUGCCCCCGGACCUCCAGGCUGCCAGGGGUCUAAUGUGCAGCUCAGUGGCCUUGACUGCCAUAGCCGUCAUUGUUGCAGCUGUGGGGAUGAAGUGUACCGUGGUGGUGGACCAUCGGCCUCGCACCAAGCAUAUUGUUCUAGUGGCUGGAGGCUGCCUAUUCCUCUUGGGCUGCUUAACGACCUUAAUUCCCGUGUCCUGGACUGCCCAUGUCAUCAUCCAAGAUUUCUACAACCCUCUGCUGAUCGAUGCCCAGCGCAGGGAGCUUGGGGAAGCUCUGUACAUUGGCUGGAUGACUUCAGGUUUGCUUUUUGUAGCUGGAGUGAUCCUUCUGUGCCGUCACGCUCCCCGAGCUCAGGAACCAGAAGAGAGGAUUGUGUACAACCCUGCGACAAACAUCUACCAGCCUGCGUACACAUACCAGCCAUACGGAUACCAGCCAGCCUACACCACGCAGCCUAAUUACUCUGUACCCCCACCAGGAUCUGUAGUAUAUGCACCAAGUCAGUACCAGUGA